AUGGCAAUGCGCAUAUCAAGCUCAGAUACGGAGAUCAUGCCCAAGGGCGAAGAUGAGGAAGAGGAGGAGGAGGACGACGACGACGAGUACAUAGACGAGGUUGUGUCUCCUCCCUUGGUGUCCAAUCCGUGUGCAACUGGUCCGAACUUCAACUACUGGGAUCGAGGAAGACAGGUCCUUCAAACGGAUUUGAACAAUCUCCGAGCAAGUCUGCGGAAGUUGGCGAUCGACAUGGCCAAGUCCGGGUACAUCCACAAGCUGUCGGCCAUGCUUCGAGAGCACGAUCCCAAAAUACUGCUUCUGCCUCCCAGACAAGACGCACAGGUGGGUCCUCAGCAAACGCUCUUUUCCGCGGCUCAGGCGAGUGGCCACACAGCAGUGGCAGAGGUGGUGGAAGAGGCUGCCACAGAUCUGCUGUUCAGGGAGUUGUCCAAGUUGACCUCGAUGCAGGAGGUUGAAGAUGACAUCGUGCAGCAGUGCUUGCAUGCAGGAGCUAAUCCCACUCGUCCGGGCGGAGCUCAUGGCCAUCUGCCUCUGCAGCAUUUGUGCAUUCAAGAGAUGCGCAAGCCUGCAGAUGUAUUCACAGCGAAGAAGGUUGCGCAGGCGGCAUCUCAGCUGGCAGAAGCCGCGCCGCUUGUCCUUGUCAUGGCCUUUGCAAGACCGGCAGCGAGGGCAGAAGUUACGCUGCCGCUGGGUGCGGCGGCGUGCAACAAGAGUUUCGGUCGAGAUAUCGUGCCGGUCCUUAGCUUUGCCGUUUCUCGGCUCUUGUUACAAAGGCCUGCCCUUGCCGCAGCGCCACUUCUGAAGGCCUCUGUUGAAGCCGCCCACAAACACUUUCCCAACGUUCCUUUCGUCCUGCCACUGGUUGAAAUCCUUCGUGCUGCUGCACCCUGCCUGGACAGCGCCAUUGGUAGCCAUGCGGGCAAGGAGGUGCAAAUAUGGGAGCCUCGCUGUGCCUACGAGAACUGGACACAGCGCAAACAGAGGCUGGAAAUCCUGCGGCCUAUGCUCUCCCAAGUCCAUGGCGCCGACGCCAGCUGCGAGCGGGAGGAAGCUCUUGCCAGACUGGCUGAAGUGGAAGCCGUACUGGAUAGAAGACGUAGGCAACAUUCCGAGCAGAUUGCAGAGCUGCAGAUGGCACUGGACAAAGCUCAGCGUGCUGCUGAGGAGGCCAGUGCCCAGGUGCAAGCUGCGCUUUCUCAAAGAUCUCAGCGUUCCUCGCAACUCCGUGCGGAGCUGCACGGCGAGGUGCAUGCUGAUGGGAAGGGUGACGUCGGGUUUGGCCAAAGUCCGCCAAACACUGGGUCGCCACCACCGGACGCGCCUGUGGAACUGUUACGAAAUAUUCGACAGCAGCGUGGCCUGGACAUCGACUACAGCACUGUGCCGCCGGCAGUGCUGCAAAGUGCUAGCGCCAUGCAGCGGAGCAUCGGGGCUGCUGUCGAAAGGCUGGCCAUCGACUUGUAUGCCUCUAAGGGGCACUUCCUGUUGGAGCUGAUCCAGAACGCGGACGACAAUCGCUACAACACCUCAGGCGCCGAGCCUGCAAUGACAAUGCACGUGGGCUCCGCUGAGGACUCCUCGCUCUUCUUCGCGUCGAUCAACAACGAGCUAGGGAUGACGAGCAAAGACGUCGAGGCUUUGUGCGAUAUCAACAGGUCUACGAAGCCAGCACAGGCCGGAAAGAUUGGGAAGAAGGGAGUUGGUUGGAAGGCAGUCUUCGCAGUCAGCGACCAGCCGACAGUGCUCUCUGGACCAUUUCGCUUUCGCUUUGAUGUGCGUGGCCGUGGCCGCUUGGGCUAUGUCACGCCUGAUGACCUUAGUUGCGAGCUCAGCCUGCUAGGUGCUUUCUGCAGCUACCAGCCAGUUCUGCAGGGGCUCUUGGCUCAGACUGGUACCUGCCGCUCCGUGGUCGCCCUGCGACGGAAGACGGAGCUGCUGCUGACAUGGGAGAUGGAGGUCGAACACUGUUCGUUUCAUCCACAGCUGAAGAUUGCAUCCUCUGGCAGGCCUUGGGAUUGCAGCUUUAAUACGAAGCUCAAUGGACAGACUGCUCAUGUGCCACAGAUCUGGGAAAGUUUGAGUGAUGCAGAUGUCAUACUGGAGUAUCCAGCGUGGCUGCUUUUUCUGCGCCAGCUGUGCCGCGUAGCAUGGGACGACGCCGUGUCUGCCAGACCGCGGCAUGUCUCCCUCGAAAGGCGCGGUGACUCCGUGUUUGUUCGGCAGAUGGCGAACCAAGGUAUGGCGGAGCCAGACGAGGAGUUCGCCUUUUUCGUUCACCGGAAAAGUGGCGUGGUGCCAGUCGAUCUGCUCCCGGCCGGCGCAGAGCCGGGGAGUCGAACUGAGGAGGUAGCCAUCGCUUUUCAGCGUGCAGCAGUGCAAGACCAAAGAGCAGAAGUAUCUGAGAGCUACAGCCAAGCUGACAGGGAGUCAGCCCAAGCAGAUCCAGUUUUCUGCUUUUUGCCAGUGCGACCCGUUGGUUUCCGAUUUUCCUUGCACGCGCCGUGGUCAUUAACAUCGAACCGUGAGGAUUUUCACUUGGAAGAUCCGCGGAACGUUUGGCUGCGUGGGGUUGCAGCUGAUGCUUUGGCUGAAGCGAUCGCUCGAUUUGGUAGCGAACCUGGGACGAACGUGCUCGCGCUGCUGGAUGCUCGACGUGUGCUUGAGCCGUUUUGGAGACGUUUGCUUGAAGAGGCUGUGGAGCGAAUUGGCGAUGCACCGGUUGUAGCCGUCAUUGGAGAGUCCAAGCUCUACAGACCGUCCGAGGUGUUGGUCCCAACACCUUCCUUGGUGCGUUGCGCUGCAGCGAUGAGAUUCAUCCAUGCUUUGCCGGCGGAGUCCUGGCCUGCAGCAACUGGCAAGCGGCUGGCCCGGUUGAGUGUCAAUGAGGAUGUGGCGGUGGAAGAUGUUCGAAGAUUGUUAUCCCUCCAUGCCGAGCCCGUCUCUGCACAAAAGAUGCGGGUUCUGCUGAACAGUGACUCCGUCAAAGCUGAGCUGACCAAGCACUGCAGAUCCAGGAAUCCUCUUGGACUCGCCCAGCUUUGUGAGCUCUUGAGUGCCAUGCUGGCUGCCACGCAGCGCGAGCCAGAGAAGUUGCCGACAUUCUCCGAAGCAGGCGAGCUUCCAGGGGAUGAAAGGCUCUUGGAUGUGGUCGCAGAAAUCCAGCAGAUGCAGGUGCUGCCGUUGGCCACUGCAGGAGGUGCCCCUCAAUUGACGAGUCUUUCGGAGGGAGAUGUCCACUUGCCUGGCUCAGGAACUUGGUGCCCUGGGCUCGACGAGGCUACUGCAUCGACUCUUCUUGCACACAAAGACGUGCGAGUCUUCGACAGUUUGUCGUGGCAGUCGCUGUCCAGCGGGGGCCAGAACUUCCUGCGACAGCCGCCUGGCCUCAUCGGUGUCUUGUGUCCAUUGUGUCCACUGUCCUGCACCUGGUCCCUCAAAAUGCAGGCUGGGCGUGCGGCAGGCCUGGUGGCCCGGGGUCGCCUUUAA